ACCAUCGCCGCCACCACCAGUGGGGAAAGAGCACUCUCGGAUGGACUCGCUCGAAUGUUCACUAACCCACCCUAGAACGAACCGAAGGAAACCACGUCAUGAGGAAUGGCCGCGUUUAGAAACUUCAUAAGUCAAAGGCUUUACAAACAGAAACCUUCAACUUCCAUAGAAUUUAUCGUUGUUGCUUUCGGGGGGUGGCUGUAUUGGAAAAAAUGUGUGUGCAGUCAUGCAGACAAUUGUUGCUUGCUGUGUUAUUAAAGGAUAUAACUUCCUCAUCUACAUUGUAUGCCUUCUCCGUUUUAUAGGCUACAAACAGGCCUUCCUUUUUAUGAAAUUCAAAAAUGUAUCCCUAGGACAUGGAGGCAAAGCAUCAAACAACCAUUGGAUGUUUCCAAAAAAAGUGAGUCUCAGUCUCUUUAUGCUUGCAAAAAUAUUAUAGACUUUCAACCUAUCCCAGAUGAAUCGAUGGUGUAUUGCCUUCUCAUAACCUUGAAAGAUUUUGCUAGCCAAGGUCAUUUAUUUAAAGCCUUCAAUACUUUUACUCUUAUUCGAAAUCAUGCCUAUGCAUCUGCUUCUUGUGAUCUUAUUGUAGACUCAUUAUCCUCUCUUUUGUUGUCUUGCACCAAACUCAAGUUGCUUUCAGAAGGAAAACAACUUCAUACUCAGGUUAUUGCUUGGGGUCUUCACAAAAACCAUGCAUUGGUUCCUAAACUCGUUACCUUUUACACAGCUUUUAAUUUUCUAGAUGACGCACAUAUUAUAACUGUAGCUUCAAAUGUUCUGCAUCCUUUGCCUUGGAAUAUUCUUAUUUCUUCAUACGUUAGCAAAGGGCAUUUUAAGGAUGCUAUCUUUGCAUAUAAACAAAUGGUUUAUAAGGGAAUUAGACCUGAUAAUUUCACCUACCCAUCUGUUCUUAAGGCUUGUGGUGAACAAUUAGAUAUUGGUUUUGGAAUGGAAGUUCAUAAUUCUAUUAAAGCUAGCUCUCUAGAGUGGAAUUUGUUUGUGCAGAAUGCUUUGGUGUCUAUGUAUGGGAAAUGCGGGGAAUUGGACAUAGCUCGAAAUAUCUUUGACAAAAUGCCAGUUAAGGAUGAUGUUUCAUGGAACUCAGUUAUCUCGGGAUAUGCCUCCAAAGGCGAAUGGGGUGAGGCAUUUAAACUUUUUGAAAGCAUGCGGGCAUCUGGUGUGGAAUUAAACAUUAUAACAUGGAAUAUCGUUGCUGGAGGUUGCUUGAAAACAGGUAACUAUGAGGGAGCACUCAAAUUGCUCUGCCAGAUGAGGAUGAAUGGCAAUUGCUUGGAUCCAGUGGCCAUGAUUAUUGGCUUAGGUGCAUGUUCCCAUGUUGGUGCGCUGACGUUAGGGAAAGAAAUUCAUGGAUUGGCAAUUCGUUAUUUUUUUGUUAAAUACAUUAAUGUAAGAAAUGCAUUAAUAAAUAUGUAUUCUCGGUGUGGGGACCUUAUGCAUGCAUACAUUUUGUUUCAAUUGGUAGAAGUUAAAAGUAUUAUCACCUGGAACUCCAUCAUAUCUGGUUAUGCACAGUGGGAUAGGUAUGAGGAAGCCUCCUUUAUAUUCAGAGAUAUGCUGCUUACCGACAUUGAGCCAAAUUAUGUGACUGUUGCUAGCAUUCUUCCUCUUUGUGCUCGUAUGGCACACCUGCAACACGGUAAAGAGUUCCACUGCUAUAUUACUAAACAUGAAAGGUUUAAGGAUUACCUGCUGAUAUGGAAUGCUCUUGUUGACAUGUACUCAAGAUCCGGUAAAGUUUCAGUUGCCAGAAGACUGUUUGAUUUGUUGGAUAAGAGAGAUGUGGUGACUUACACUUCACUAAUUUCUGGAUAUGGCUUGCAAGGAAAAGGAAAAGUUGCACUCGAACUAUUUGAUGAAAUGAUCAGGUUUCAUAUAAAGCCAGACGAUAUUACCAUGGUUGCUGUUUUAUCAGCUUGUAGUCAUUCAGGCCUUGUGGAGCAAGGUCAGAUACUUUUUGAAAAGAUGCAAUCUAUUUAUGGUAUAACUCCUCGCUUGGAUCACUUUGCUUGCAUGGUCGAUCUGUUUGGUAGGGCUGGUUUACUGAGAAAGGCUGAAGAAAUUAUAUUGAGGAUGCCAUACAAACCAACCUCUGAAAUGUGGGCAACUCUUGUUGGAGCAUGUCGGAUCCAUGGAAAUACAGAUAUUGGGGAACGAGCUGCUGAAAAUCUAUUGAUGAUGAAACCUCCAAAUUCGGGAUACUAUGUGUUGAUUGCUAACAUGUAUGCUGCUGCUGGUUCCUGGAGUAAACUGGCAGAAGUAAGGACCUUCAUGAGAGACUUGGGUGUGAGGAAAGAUCCUGGCUGUGCUUGGGUUGACAUUGGUGCUGGUUUUUCCCCAUUCUUGGUUGGUGAUACUUCCAACAGUCUAAAAAAUGAAAUUUAUCUUUUGUUGGGGGGAUUGACUGAACAAAUUAAAGACAUUGGUUAUGUAGCUCGCAAGGGUUCUGCUUUGGAGGACGAUUUUUUUGCGGAAUCACUUGUAUGAAACUGAAGAUUUUUAGUGUGCUUGUUCUUUGGGGGCAUCGCAAAUUAUUUUUUCCUGAAUAGAUGAUUGGCUACACUUGAAGAAGAAUUUGUUUUAAAUAUUAUCUUACAUUUCCAUACCAUCUCCAGAGCCCCUAUUGUUUUUGGUCCAACGUGAUGAUGCAGAAUGAAGAAGGAAUGAUAAGUAUCUGACACGUUCUUUUUCAAACAUCUGUUCUGUGCCUUGGAUAUCUUUCAUCAAUAAGUCAGUAGUUGGUAUUACUUUUCUGAGUAGGUAAAAUUUUAUGAAGGAAAAGGAUUUGAAGGAAAGAAGCAAAAGUACGC